AUGGCCCUGCCCUCCCCGGGGGCCCUGAGCCUGGAGCUCCUGGAGGACCCUGACGGAGAGCCAGACCUGGACCACUGCUCAGACCCUGCCAGCUGUGGGGAUGGGCCAGAGGAGGAGCCGUGGGGACCGACCUGUGACAUCCUGCUGGACCUGGAGGAAGAGCAGAGCAUGGAGGUGAUCCUCGUGGACUCCAGUGAGCUGUCGAGGCCCCUCUCUCCCCAGUCAGGCAGAGAUCUGAUUGCAUAUGAAGUCAGGGUUAAGCAGCGGCACAUAGAAGACAUCUGCAUCUGCUGCGGGAGUUUCCAGGUCUGGACAGAGCACCCUCUGUUCGAAGGAGGAAUGUGUGCUCCGUGUAAGGACAAGUUCCUGCAGGGCCUCUUCCUGUACGAUGAUGACGGGUACCAGUCCUACUGCUCCAUCUGCUGCUCGGGUGAGACGCUGCUUAUCUGCGAGAACCCCGACUGCACCCGGUGCUACUGUUUCGAGUGUGUGGAUUCGCUGGUCAGCCCCGGGACCUCGGGGAGAGUUCAGGCCAUGACUAACUGGGUGUGCUUCCUGUGCCUGCCCCUCCCCAGCAAUGGGCUGCUGCAGAGAAGGAAGAAAUGGCGGACGCGGCUGAAGGCCUUCCACGACCGGGAGGUGGAGAGUCCUUUUGAAAUCUAUAAGACCGUGCCUGCAUGGAAGAGAGAGCCAGUCCGGGUGCUGUCCCUUUUUGGGGACAUUCAGGAAGAGCUGGUGAGCUUGGGCUUUCUGGAGGGUGGUUCUGCUCACGGACAACUGAAAUACCUGGAUGACGUCACCGACAUAGUGAGGAGAGAUGUGGAGGAGUGGGGCCCUUUCGACAUCAUGUACGGCUCAACGCCGUCUCGCGGCUGUGCCUUCAAGCGGCCUCCUGGCUGGUACCUAUUCCAGUUCCACCGCAUGCUGCAGUAUGCGCGGCCCAGGCCCGGCAGCCCACAGCCCUUCUUCUGGAUGUUUGUGGACAAUCUGGUGCUGACUGUGGAUGACCACGUCGUGGCAACCCGCUUCCUGGAGACCAAACCUGUGACCAUCAAAGAUGUCUGUGGCCAAGUCAUUCAGAACGCCGUGCACGUGUGGAGCAACAUCCCAGCCGUGAGGAGCAAGGACUCACCUCUGGCUGCUGAAGAGGAACUGUCCCUGCUGGUUCAGGACAGGUCUCGAAGCAAGACCUCCGCCGCAGGCCCCGCCACGCUGGUGAAGAACUGCUUUCUCCCUCUUCGAGAAUAUUUUAAGUAUUUUUCAACAAAACUCACUUCCUUUCUGUCGGUCACCGUCGCGGGCGGCGGGGGCGGAGCCGGAGGGAGCGGAACCCAGAGCUACAAGGCGCGGAGCGCACAGGCGCGGCGGUCACUCGGCUUGCGCUUGGCGCCCGGUCGGAGUCUCCGAGUCUCCGUCCUCGCAGCCAGGGCUCCGCCAAGGCUGUGCGCGCCCGCAGGGCUGCCCAACAUGCGGCUGAGGAGGUGA